UGCUCUCAAAAAACUUUUGUCACAAUUUUUUCUUACAUUUUUUAUGUAAUUUUAGUUAAUGCUACGAUUUUGUGUCUUCCCUAUAUCUUGUUAUUGAAUUAGGACUCGUUAGUAACUCUCACAGCAUCACAGAAACUGGUGUAGUUGUCCAGAAUGACUGUGGCCAGAAAAAUUAUAGUGACCAGAUGGAAACCCCUACAGAAGCUGCACAAUGGAGAACUCAGUGGCUGCAACAUUUUGUUGUUGUCUCUUCAAUUAAACCUUCUGUAGUUCAUGCAUAUUUAUGGAGAUGUUUUGUUUCAUACAUAGAAACAACCAUAAAUUGAGGCUGUGGGCAGGGGCGGAGCCGAGCUUUCAAUCCCAUGGGUGCGAGGUUUAAGCCGUAUGCCGUAUACUCCCUGAUAGUAUGCCUGUUCAGGACUACAACAAAAUUGUGAAAUAUCUGAGGAGGUCUGUAAGGAGAGGGUUGAAGAGCUAGGAGAUAAGAUAGAUCAAAAUCAAUAUAGAUUAGUGAAAAAUAAUAUAUCAAUAGAGAAACAUAUUCAGAGAGUGUUCAAUAAAACUUCAGUGACAAGUUAGAUAAAAAAAAGCAACAGAUAGAUAUAGAUAACAAUUUAUGAAGGCCGAAACAUAAUAAAACAAUUUCUGCUAAGGUCUUGAUGGAAGACACACAUACACUUGAAACGUGCUGUUGCUAGCAGUGUCGCCCUCUCCCUCAUAGUUCCCCUUGUACUAUAGUGGGCUUGAACCCUGGUCCUCUGCUUCACAGCACGUGACCAACCUUCUUGACAACAUUUCAACCUUUUGAGCUCUACAAAAAGUACAAAUUGUAUAGCCCUUUCGGUGUGAGCUCGCUCUGUGGAGUGAGCUUACGGUAUGUUAUUACACACACAUAAAAACACACCAUACAACACAAGCAGACACAUACACACACACACAUACACACACACGCACAGGAUACAUAGACAUUGCAUAGCAUCCCCACGACUUGUCGGAUCGGUCAACAUGUUCUCCUCUCAUGACUCAGGGAUGACUUGUCGGGUCGGUCCACAUGUUCUCCUGUCAUGACUCAGGGAUGACUUGGGAAUAGUUGGGACUUUGCCCAGUGUCCACUCAUGUGAAAAGGCCAUUCUUCUGCACUAGCCUGUAGUGAGUUCACAAUGAAGGGAAUGACUGCCGAAACUGCAAUUCACAUGAGUAAACAUGAGUAUAAUCUAAUGAAAAGAACGGAAGGGACUACAGUCAUAUCCGUUAACAUGUUCAAAGAAAGAAAGAUAGGAAAGAAUGGGGAGUGAAAUUCUUCUCUUCUUUUCCCUGGUCAGGAUGAGUUUGCUGGAGAGUCCCAUCUCUCCAACGCUCUCAUGGAAAUACACUACUUGUUGGGUUUCCUCCUAGUGGACAUGGGCACAACUGACAUUUCUUCCUGCAAAUCACUCAAUUAAUUUCAUUCGUUUUGUUUUUUGAUGAUUUUGCCCUUAACAUUUUAACAUGCUAAUUAUUGCACGCAUCCUUAAAAUAGGGAGACCAUGGUAUUAUGGUAUUAGUAUACUUUUUUAUUCUCUGUGUGCAGAAUAAACAUGAUCAAACAAGGAUACAGGUACAUUUCAUUUGUAACAGCAUUGAUUCCAUAGACCAGUAUUAUGCCACAAUGCUUUACAUUUGAAUUCUGCAGCCCAUGACUUCUAGUAAACUUAUGUGACCUGAAAGGAGACCUGAGUAAAGCCACAGCCAGGUAAAUGCAGAGGUGGGUGGGAAGGCCAUGUGAUGUCAUGGCUGGACAAGGUGAGAAAGGGAACAGGUAGCUGGCUGAGUGUAUUCCUAACACUCCUGAUGGAAGCAACGCAGACCACUCCUGCCAAGAUGGCCCAGCAAAAGUCACUUGUGGACGUUGUCAAGAGUCAGCAGGAGUGUGCAGAGAUGUGCUCUGAUAUUACCACUGUCAGCUCCAGCGCAGAUGUGGACAGACCAGCCAGAAAAGACCCAUUUAGCGGCGUGGCCCUAACGCUCAGCAGGCGCGGGCGAGCCUUCCCUUCCCCAGCGCGGAGGCGCCAUCGCACCACCUUCAGUCACAAGCAGCUGGACCAGCUGGAGAUGGCAUUUGGACAGAACCACUACCCUGACAUCUACCGCCGUGAAGAACUAGCACAGCUCACCAAACUCAACGAGGCACGCAUACAGGUAUGGUUCCAAAACCGCCGUGCCAAAUAUCGCAGGCAGGAGCGGGCAUCUCAAAAGGUCCUGUCAGGGGGAAUGAUGCCAGGGCGUGGGGCACUGUUGGGCAGCAUGUGUGUUCAGCCCGCAGGGUUAACCCGUCCAUACUACCCUCACGCCCUGGCUCAACAUAUCCCCAAGUUCCCCUCUAUGCUGCCCUCUGGUGGUUAUUCUCAGUCCCACCACCCAGGUUCAGCCAGCCAGUGUCCCAGCCCUGGAGUCCCACAAAGGCCACAGCUCCACCAGCACGAGGACUGGUACACCCCGCUACGGAACAUCGGAGCCCCUCCCAGCAACCUGGGCACCCCCAUGUUCUCCCUGACCUCCGUGUCAGCUGUGGACCCUGGCGCUCAAUGGAACUAAAUUAAGGACAACUUCUAAGUUGGAACUAAAACAACCUCUGUUUCAAAGAAUGAACAGUUAUUCAUUUUACUGUAUGUGAGAUAACAAAAUACAGCUCCUUGUAUCUGGGCAGUGAUAGG